ACACACUGUUUGCUUUUCCACCAAAAUCUACUUCCCAAUGCAAAUAAAAAACUUGAAGAAUUUAUAACUUGUAAGGUAAUUUAGAAAUUAUAAUGACUAGAUAAUCUGUUAGUCUUGAUAAGAUUCAAAUCUUGGGAUUCCCAAUUGCAGCUUCUACCACAUGCCUGCAGUUACUAAUAACAUGAAAAUGACUUCAGCAUUAAUUAAUUCAUUUGGAAUGAUUAGGGAAGUCCACAGUUUUGUUUUUCUUUAAGAUAAUGAAAAUUAAGCACCUUUUUCAUACUCCAAACAGAUUUGUUUUUAUCUUCAUUACAACUACAGCAGUAUUAGAAAAAAAUGGUUUCUUCUAAUCUCUAUGAGUGAUGACAUCUAGUUUAAUCCUCCUUUUCUCCAUCGUGAUAUUAAUUUUAGAGAGAGAACAUACCUUGGUUCCUUAAAAGUUUUAAGAGUUUUCUUAUGUCUAUAUAGUAGCAGAUUUUCACUUCAUCCAUGGCAACAAGUGGUCUAAAGCUUUUAGGAGCAAGGCAGAGCCCAUUUGUUAACAGGGUUGUGAUGGCGCUUGAGAUGAAAUCCAUCGAUUAUGAGUUAGUAGAAAUGAAUCGACACGAAAAACCUGAGCUUCUAAUCAAAAGCAAUCCUGUUCACAGAAAAAUCCCAGUGCUUCUUCAUGGUGAGAGGCCAAUCUGUGAGUCUCUCAUCAUUGUUCAAUAUAUUGAUGAAGCAUGGAAUGAUGGCCCUACCAUCCUUCCUACGGGUCCCCAUGACCGAGCCAUAGCUCGAUUCUGGGCUGCUUUUGUUGAUGACAAGUUGGUUCCAUUACUCGGGCAAAUUUGGGCGGCCGGUGGGGAGGAGGCUAGCAUGUUAGUUUUCGAGAAAACAUUUGAAGCACUUAUGUUGUUGGAGGAGGCAUUCAUCAACUGCAGCAAAGGCAAAGCUUUCUUUGGUGGAGAUGAUGUUGGUUACCUUGAUAUAGCUCUAGGGAGUUUUGUUGGACCUAUAAGGGUGACUGAGAUGAUGAAUGGAACUAAAAUCCUCGACCAAACCAAGACUCCUCAUCUGGUCGGAUGGGCCGAGAGGCUUUACUCCGACAGUCUUGUUAAGGAUGUUAUGCUGGAUCCUCAGGAGCUUCUAGAUGCUCACAAGAAGAUUCAGGCUAUGUCAAAAAUUGAUUCUGAUUGAAAAGAUUGCUUUCAUUGAUUGGUUUUGUGUUUUAUCAGUGUUGUUAUUGGGUAGGUUGUUCCAUCUUUCUUUCUAUGGAGUUUGAUUUUAAUAAUGAGCCUUUUUAGGCUAGGAAUUUUCAGUUUUGAA